AUUGUAGUUUUCACCAGAUUUUCUUCCGAGACAGCUACAUAAAACAGGGAACCACGCAUCCUAAGGUUUAGGGGAAAAUUAGCAUCAACAUCCAUGGCAGCUGCCGCCGGCUCCAGCACCGUUGUGGUUAGAGCAACCCCAUUCUUGGGGCAACCCAAAAAUGCCAACCCACUUAGAGAAGUUGUCUCCAUGGGCAACGGCAAAUACACCAUGGGUAAUGAACUUUGGUACGGACCGGACCGGUUGAAGUAUUUAGGACCCUUUUCAGCUCAGACUCCUUCCUACUUGACUGGUGAAUUUCCAGGUGACUACGGAUGGGAUACUGCUGGUUUAUCUGCUGAUCCUGAGGCUUUUGCCAGGAACCGAGCUCUCGAGGUUAUUCACGGUAGGUGGGCUAUGCUCGGAGCACUGGGAUGCAUCACCCCAGAAGUCCUUGAGAAAUAUCUUAAAGUGGACUUUAAGGAGCCAGUGUGGUUCAAAGCCGGAGCACAAAUCUUCUCAGAAGGUGGGCUUGACUACCUGGGAAACCCUAACCUUGUCCAUGCUCAGAGCAUUCUGGCAGUGCUCGGCUUCCAAGUUGUUCUCAUGGGUCUUGUUGAAGGAUAUAGAAUCAAUGGUCUUGAAGGCGUCGGAGAGGGCAAUGAUCUCUACCCCGGUGGCCAGUACUUUGAUCCUCUUGGUCUAGCCGAUGACCCUGCUACCUUUGCUGAGCUUAAGGUGAAGGAAAUCAAGAAUGGAAGGCUUGCAAUGUUCUCCAUGUUCGGUUUCUUUGUCCAAGCUAUUGUCACUGGAAAAGGCCCUCUUGAAAAUCUCUUGGACCAUCUUGACAACCCAGUUGCUAACAAUGCCUGGGUCUAUGCCACCAAGUUUGUCCCCGGAUCGUAAAUUUUUCUUGCUUUGUCUGGACUAAAAUUUGUGAAUGGAAACUUGUUUAUUAAUUUAUAUUUAUUUAUUUUGCCCAA